GUUUUUCUGUAUGCUUAAACCUACCAAGUAGAUUCAAUCCCAUCAUUUCCUGAAAUAUUACCGACCUCCACCGUUGUGAGAUCCGAGUCAUUUCCACCUACCGUGUCGGCCUAAAUCCGAGUCCACCGUCGGCCUGAAUCCGUCUCACCCUGACAGGCAGCCGUCGACUCACCGCACGUCACCCCACCAACCCACGCAUUGGCGUCCCUCCAGCACCGCGCUCGGCGGAGUCUCCCAGCAUAUAUACUCUCGCAGCUGUACACCCAACCACUCCGCCGACGAACAUUCCACACGUCGCUCGCGCUCGCUAUGAAAGUUCACGCCACAGUUCUCAGCGUGCCCUCCAGCGACACCCCCGGCACUAACAUCGUCGUGCAUUUCGACGACCGCCGCUACCUCUUCGGUCACAUCGCUGAGGGCUCGCAGCGCGCGUAUGUCGAGCGCCGCGUGCGCCUCGCGAAGGUGCAGGAUAUUUUCUUGACUGGACGGACCGAGUGGGCGACUACUGGUGGGCUGGUCGGGUUCUUGCUCACUAUUGGCGAUGCGAGGAAGGCGGAUGGGCAGCGCGCUGAGGGGAAUCCGGUCACGAUUCAUGGCGGCGAGAACUUGCUACAUAGUAUCGCGGCGACGAGGAGCUUUGUGUUCCGUGGGCAGCUGAAGGUUAGGGUGGAUGAGCUCACUGAGGCCCCCGAGCCGAAGGUCUUUACCGACAACAACAUUACGGUGAAGACGCUGCAGGUGCGGCCGCGGGGCGGAGUUGAGGAGUCGGCAAAUAGGAAGAGGAUGACGGAGGAUAUGGAUGAGCAGGAGAGGAUCAAGUUCCUGAAGGAGGUCGUAGAGAACAUGUUUGCGUCGCAGAAGAGCGUCAAUAAGGAUCGAAACGAGUUGGAGGAAGUGGACCCGCUAGUGGUCGGCGGUAACGGCAGCGAGCGGAGCGAGAAGAGGAGGAAGAGUGAGGAUGAGGAGAAUCCCGGGGGGAUAGCCAGAUAUGUGCAGUCGCUUCCACCAUCGACGCCGUCCGCGGUAGCGCUCAGUUACAUCGUGGUGCUGCACGAUCACCGCGGCAAGUUCUUGCCACACAUCGCGAAGCAACUCGGUGUCACCCCCGGCCCGAUGUUUGGGAAGCUCUCCAACGGUCAAUCGGUAACGACUCGGGAUGGUCGGGUUGUGCAGCCCGAAGAAGUACAGGAGCCCUCGAUCGCUGGAACCGGAAUCGCCAUCUGCGAACUUCCAACCGAGGAGUACGUCGAGGAUUUCGUCGCGAACAGGGAGUGGUCGGAUGUGGAAGCUGUCCAAAAGAAGCUCGGUGCUUUCUUCUGGAUUCUCGGGUCGGGAGUAGCCCACAAUGCUCAGCUCGUCGAGUUCAUGCAGCGGUUCCCAGGAUCGAAACAUAUCAUCGCCUCCCCGGAUGUCUGUCCCGAUCCCAUCAACUUCAAGGGAGCGGCCAAGUUCACCACGAGACUGAAUAUGAUCGACCCGGUGUUCUUCCCACCAUUACACUCCAAUUCUACGGCCGAAGUAGCUCCGCCCAAGGAGGCCAUCGGCGCCGAGGUCGGAAUGGUGUUCAACAUCAAACCCGAGUGGUCCCUGGACACGACUCAGAUACCUCCCCCCUUCUCCCCAGAAGAGGCAUUCCUACCGGAAGAAGGCGGCAAAGAAUUCAUUGCCAUUGCCACGGAGACUCGGGAAGAUCUCGCACAAUCGCCCCCGGAAAAGGAAGACUUCCCCGGCAGCGAUGUUGAAGUCUACACACUCGGCACCGGCUCCGCCCUCCCCUCGCGGUACCGCAACGUCUCCGCCACCCUCAUCACAAUCCCCAACAACUGCUCCAUCCUCCUCGACUGCGGCGAGAACACCAUCGGGCAGAUGAAGCGCGUUCUCACCGUAGAAGACUACAAGCACCGUCUACUCGACAUCAAAGUCCUGUACAUCUCGCACCUGCACGCCGACCACCACCUCGGCUCAAUUUCCUUCCUGAACGAGCAGCGGCAGCUGCUCCGCAGCACCGGCGACGGCUCCCGUCCCACCUUUAUCGUCGCCCCGCAGCGCUUCUGGACCUGGCUCACGGACUACGCGCAGAUCGAAGACAUCGGCAUCGACCACCUCGUGUUCGUACCGAACGAGCAUCUGCGCAGCGUCUACGACGCUCCCGCCACCUACGGCGCGCUGCUAUCCGCCCUCAAACUGGAGAAAUGGGAGACCGCGCCGGCAUGGCACUGCCAGUCAUCGUUCACCACGGCCGUGACGUUCUCCUCGGGCUUCAAGCUGGCGUACAGCGGCGACACGCGGCCGACGCGCUCGUUCGUCGAGAUCGGCCAGGGCGCUACGCUGCUGGUCCAUGAGGCGACCUUCGACGACGAGCUCCUCGAGGAGGCUAUGGCGAAGAAACACUCUACCAUCGGCGAGGCGAUCAAGAGCGGCAGGGAGAUGGGCGCGAGGAAGACCGCGCUCGUGCAUUUCAGCCAGCGGUACCCGAAGAGUCCGACGUUCGGCGCGGGCGAUACUGGCGACGUCGUCUAUGGGUUUGAUUACAUGCGGUUCAAGGUCGGCGAGGUUAAUAGGUUCAAGAGGCUUGUUAAGGGGCUGGCUGAGGUUUAUAAGGGCGAGGAGAAGGAGGAGGAGUAGAUAUGUAGACGGAAUGGGUAAAAUAGGUUGGAGUUGAGGAUGCGGCUCAGGGUUUUUGAUUUUGGACUUUGUUAUGGUGAAUGUAGAAUUCUACGGAUGUUGACGGUAUCAAGUGCUACAGUAUCA